ACUGGAAUAUCGCCGUAGGAGAAGCGAAUUCCUUCGGCCUGGGUCUUUUACGUCAAAGAUGACUAUUGUGGUUGCAGCUGCGAUCUCAUGCCCUCCUAUUGACAUGCACAUAACUAGCUCAAUGCGAGUGCAGGUGAUCUUUGACACGUCGAAACAAUAUGUGGAAGGAGACUCUGCUCUCUCGUUAACACUAUUCCUGUGUUCGCGCUGCGGAGUUGGUGGUGAGUGCACUUGCGGGUGGCGAAAGCAGCAUGUUAUUUUACCAGAAAUGGAACGUCAGAGUGUGCUGCAGUUCAUCGCCUCCACUUUGCCUCGGAUUCCCGCCCAAGCUCUACCAUGUUAUCGUCUUCGCGUUGAUGAAGCUGGUAAAAGAAUAGCUACAACCUUCUGCGUUCAAGUCUACAAACACGAAGUACAGCGACUUAUCGUUGAAUAUCCAUACGCUGUAUUUAAGAUGAAGUUAUCGUUUGGAAACCUGAGAUGGAGAAUCGCUCGAAGGUUCAGCGAGUUUGUUGAGCUACACACUCGCUUAAAGAUAUUGGUAGAAGAAUCGAUGCUACCUCGACUUCCUCCUACAGCAUGGUUAUCCGCAACAGAGCCGAGCUUUCUUUUCCAGCGACGAUUAAUGCUCGAAAACUACCUCAAGGGAAUGUUUAUGGUUGGCGCAUUACAAGACUCGGUUCCUCUACUUGUGUGUUUCUAGGAGUACUGUCGACAACGUACUUCGAUCACGUGGCGUUGCGAAGCUAUAGAAGUCAAAUACUGCACCUUCAAGUACUAGAAUUCUACACUCGUCCAGGAGACUUGAUUCUUUUCAAUGGCAGAGCAAAAGUGAGCGUUCUUCAGCGAUCAAUCACGAGGUCUGAAUGGGAUCACGUCGCCAUUGUCGUUCCACCAAGUGAAGGGGAAUAUCUUCAGCUGCUAGAAGCAACAGGCGACGGUGUUACACUUACGCCCCUGACGGCCCGGUUGUUGGCAUAUUCAGCCUUCCACGUUCGGUACUUCGUGCUGCGCAAACUUCGAACACCUCUACUAUCCCGUGCUGUUGUAAACGAUUUACUCGAACGAUUUACUGCUGAGGUCGAAGGCCUCUGUUACGGUUUGAGCUUCCGCAAGAUUCUUUACACUGGACAAGUGGAACAACGAUCGCAAAACAGCACCUACUUCUGCUCCGAAUUGAUCGCAGAGGCAUAUAAAUCUCUCGGAAUCAUUUCAAGUUCCAGUGAGGCCAACAAUUUCUGGCCUGGAUCUUUUUCACCGGGAGACUUUGUCGAUACUGAACUCGCUCGUCACGGAGCUUCUCUAAGCCCCGAGAUCAUCAUCGACUGUAAACUCCUAGAAGUAGCCACUGCAACCAGGGAUUAAAUGAGUAACUCGGUUUUUCCACUACUGAUGGUAGUAAUAUCUCUUGAUAUCUGAAUUAUUAACGUAUAAUACCGAAUAGAACGCGGUAAAG